AUGUACUGGUCGACCAAGCUCGUUCGCUUUGAGAAACAGGCGGUGUACGAUCCCGCGGACAUCGAGGCUACGGCUCACCACGUCUUCGACGAGGCCGUCGCCGUACACACGCGAGGCUGGGUUCGCCCCAAUGUCUACCACAAGAAGGUGGUUCGCGGUAAGCUCACCGAUGUCAGCGAGGGGAGCGCGGAGAGGCGCUUGGCCCGUAUCUGUUUCCUGUUGAAGCACGUGAAGGCGGCGUGCGAUGAUGCCUUGCGUGGAGGUCUUACUCUUGCGCUCUUGUGCGACAACCCCGAGGCUAGGGGCUCCACCAAAGACUCGAACAACAAUGGCAACGGAAAGCGUGCAAAGAGAACGAAGGUUGUGAAGAAGUUUUUGGAGGCUGGGUUCACGGUUGAGACAGAUGACGAGGAGUCUGACGAAGAGCAUGGCGAGAACGAAGAAGAGGAAGGCGAAGGCGAGGAGCGAAGUGGUGAUGAGGUUUGA